UCGGGGGAAGGGUUAGAUUUUCUGAAAGAUAAGGGGUUUUCAUGAUAUUGUUCUUUUCAUCUUCAUCCUAGUGAUAUCUCUGAUAAGGCGAAGUCUUUAAGACUUCCAAAUUUCAAUAAACCCUCGCAAAACCUCAAAAAUGGCGGCAAGUUUCACUUCAUUCUUCGCCGGCUGCAUGUUCUCUUCAAUUCUGUGCACUCCAAGCUGGCGCAAAAGCUUCGGAACUUCAGCCACAGUUGCCCAGACAUGCCGCCGCUUAGUAAAAAUUCACCAACAAAGCUUGGGUGCAUCUUCUCGGAUCAGAAGCUUCAGCUGCGCCUUAUCUGCUUCUUCUGAUUUGAAGCCUGCUUCUUGCACUGUUUCCUCUAAUGGGCCCAUUAAAUAUGAGCGUUUACUUCCAUGCCCCUCACAUAAUUUCCCUCCUAGAGUAGAGCACUUAGUUGUUAUGAGGGAAGGACCUGUUCUGGAGUACAUCAGUGAAGCAUUGGAUCUUCCUCAGCUAUAUGUGGCAGAUCUCAUUCAUUUUGGAGCUGUAUAUUACGCUUUAGUAUGUCCAAAGCCUCCACCAACUGCCACAUCUGAGCAAAUUAAAUUAUAUGAAGAAGUUACAGCUCCAUCAGUUCUAAAGAAGAGAGCUUCAGUUAAAGGCAAAACUGUACGGGAAGCACAGAAAACAUUCCGGAUAAGUUCUGCUCACUACAUUGUUGAAGCAGGAACUUACCUGCGGGUGCAUGUACACCCAAAACGCUUUCCUAGGUGCUACGAAAUUGAUUGGAAGUCUAGAGUUAUUGCCGUGGCUGAAUCCUAUGUGGUUUUGGACAAACCUGCGGGUACAUCUGUGGGAGGAACAACAGACAACAUCGAAGAAAGCUGUGCUACAUUUGCUACUUACGCAUUGGGAUUAACAACUCCAUUGCUUACUACCCAUCAGAUUGAUAAUUGUAGUGAAGGAUGUGUUGUGUUGGCUCGAACAAAGGAGUACUGUUCAGUGUUCCAUGGAAAACUCAGGGAAAAAAAGGUGAAAAAGCUUUAUCUUGCUCUCACUGCUGCUCCUGUCCCAACUGGGAUAAUUACACAUUACAUGCGUCCUAUUAAUACUGCCCCAAGAAUUGUUUCUGAAGAUUUUGUCAAAGGAUGGCAAAUAUGCAAACUUGAGGUCUUGGAAUGCAAGAAGAUACCCUGGCCCAAGAGUUCAAUUGAAAGGGAAUAUAGUAUUGAGGAUUGUGGAUGGCCCUCUAAGGAAUUUGCAUAUGAGUGUAAAAUUGACCUUCUGACUGGUCGGACUCAUCAGAUCCGAACUCAAUUGGCUGCAUGUUUUGCACCUAUAGUUGGUGAUUCAAUGUAUAUGCCUGCUGCUAUUGCUGAGAUGAUCAGUCCAGGGUGUAACCCAUUUGGAAAGAACAGAAAACAAUAUGCAAGCGAAAAUGAUAAAGAACUUGCUAUUGAAGAAUGGAUUGCACAGCAUGGUAAGGAGCCCAGUAUUGCCGCUGGCCUUCAGGCAUGCCAAAUUUCAUGGGAGGAUGAUGGAGAGCACCUUUAUGAGGCCAGAUCUCCCUGGUGGAGGUCAUAACCUAUAGAUGUUAGUAGCUGAAUGCACCAGACUACUGGAGUUCCAAUUGAGAUAUUGACAGCUGCUGCAUGAGCUAGAAUAAUGUUGUGCCCGGCAAGGAAAGGCUCUCUUUCUGAAUCUCCUUGAGUACAGUUUCCAUACGGUUUGGAACAACGAUUUGGUGGGUAAUCACCAGAGAGGUACAUCAAAGGAACAAACAUAUUUGGCUCAUUGAAGUUUGGGGCUUAGCCAUGAUUGAUAUCUGUUCUCGAGUUCUUGAGGGAUGUCAAAAUGAUUCAACAGGACAAAUGGUUGAAUGCCUGUGUGGACAAACUAGUUAUUUCUUGAAAACCACUUUGCUCAUAUGCUGUUUGUAUCGCAUAUUUGUCAAUAAUUAUGUUUUUUUUUUAAGGAUCUGGUCAAACCUUUUAGCAGCAGGGCAUCAAUGAGGUUGUUAUAGUA